AUGAACGCGGACGGCAGCCUGAUGGGGACGGAGGUGGCAGGUGACGGAUAUGUGUGGGGGGUGUCAGUGGGGGACGGGUACAGUAAUGUGGACGUGGAGAAAAUGUGCAGUAAUUUCGUAGAUUUCGGGAACACUGGCGAACGUCGCAGUGUCAGGGCCGGUGCUGGCACCACCCCUAGCCCUGCACCAGUCAACGGCCCACACACACCGUGCUCGUCGUUAGGAACGGCCCGCAAGCGACGCACUGAACAACAAACGGCCAAGCGAUAA